UCAGCGGCUCUCCUCGGCUCCUUCACGUGCCCGUCACCGCGACCUGUCCAAUCAGGAGCUCCGCCGAGACGCGUCCGAGCGCGCGAGCCCGCGCUGUCAGUCAGUCAGUGCCGCGACGCGCUGCGGAACGGGCGCGAGAGCUGAAGGUGAACGGAGGAACGGCCGCUUCUGCAGGGAAUCCCAGCAGCUCCUGAUGUCUGAAGAUCUGAUUUAAGCCAUGAUCCCUGGAGCCAUGAGCCGCACGGCCCUCAUCCUGCUGAUCGCCACCUCGCUCCGCUCUCGCUUUUGCUCGGUGUGUGCCGAUUUCCCAGGAGUCUUUGGAGACGAGUCGUCAGGAUUCGGGCCGGUGUUUGAGGAACAGCCCGUCGACACCAUUUACCCGGAAGAGUCUCCGGAGGACAAGAUCAGCAUGAGCUGCAGGACACGAGCCAACCCUCCCGCCACAUACAGGUGGAGACUGAACAACACUGAUAUCGUCAUUGACGAUCACUACAGCCUGAUGGACGGAAACCUGGUCAUCAGUUUCCCGGACAAGAGCAAGCAUGCUGGGAACUAUACGUGUGUGUCCAGCAAUGAGUUCGGGACGGUGGUCAGCCAGAGGGCGUCGGUUCAGUUCGGCUACUUGGACAUGUUCUCCACUGACGAGAGGGAGGCGGUCUCUGUGAGGGAGGGGCAGGGGGCGGUGCUUCUGUGUGACCCGCCCCCACACUUCCCAGAGGACCUGUCCUUCCGCUGGAUUCUGAAUGAGUUUCCGGAUUUCAUUCCUCAGGACAAGCGUCGGUUCGUGUCUCAGUCCACCGGGAACCUCUACAUCUCCACGGUCCGAGCGCCGGACAGCGGGAACUACUCCUGUUUCGUCUCCAGCCCGUCCAUCGCCAAGAGCGUCUUCAGCAAGUUCAUCCCACUGGUGCCCAUCGCCGAGCGUACUCUGAGGAAAUAUCCCGCUGACAUCAAAGUCAAAUCUCCAGACAUCUUCGCGCUGACGGGGCAGAACGUCACGCUCGAGUGCUUCGCGCUGGGAAACCCCAUCCCUCAGAUCCGCUGGAGGAAGGUGGAUGGCGAGCUGCCGGCCCGUCGUCAUGACAUCAGUAUGGCGGGAACACUCCUCCAUCUCUACGAUAUGCAGUAUGAGGACGAGGGUCUGUUCGAGUGUGAGGCCGACAACUCCAAAGGCAAAGACUGGCACAGAACACACCUGCACGUGGAGGGAGCUCCUGAAUGGGUGGAGAAGAUCCGCAGCUCGGAGAGGGACAUCGGAGGCGAUUACAUCAUGUCCUGUGUGUCCAGCGGGAAACCCAAACCCCACGUGCACUUCCUGAAGAACGGGCGAAUGCACGCCAAGAACCACGAGUUGCGCUUCACGGACCUGGCGUUUGAGGAUUCGGGCAUGUAUCAGUGUAUCGCUGAGAACCGUCACGGCGUGAUCUACGCCAACGCCGAGCUCCGCGUGUUCGCCGGCGCUCCGUCGUUCGAGUGGAACCCAGUGAAAGCUAAACUCCUGGGGGCCAGAAACGGGCGUGUGGUGUUCGACUGCAGACCCAGAGCGGCUCCGAGACCCAGCAUCACCUGGAGCAAAGGAACCGAGCUCCUGCACAACUCCAGCAGGGUUUUCAUCUGGCCGGACGGGAGUUUAGAGCUGCUCAACGUCACUAAAUCAGACGAAGGCAGAUACACGUGCUUCGCAGAGAACGACCGAGGCCGAGCCAACAGCACCGGAUCGCUGUUAGUCACGGACGCCACUAAGAUCACUCUGGCCCCGUCGAACGCUGACAUCAGCGCGGGCCAGAGCGCCAGGAUGGAGUGUGCGGCGUCACAUGACCCGACCCUUGACCUCACCUUCAUCUGGUCCCUCGACGAGCACGUCAUCGACUUCGACCGAGACAGAGAGCAUUACGAGCACAAGAUGGAUGUUAAUCAGGCCGGUCAGGCCGGGACGUCGAGCUCAGAGCUGCUGAUCAGUAACGCACAGCUGAGACACGCGGGACGAUACGCCUGUACGGCUCAGACGCCGGUGGACAACGUCACGGCCGCCGCAGAGCUGGUGGUCCGAGGGCCUCCAGGUCCUCCCGGCGGCGUGCGUGUGGACGAGGUGACGGCCAGCAGUGUGAGGGUGACCUGGAGUCACGGGACGGAUAACCUGAGCCCCAUCUCCACAUACAGCGUCCAGUACAGAGGCGCGAGCGAGCAGGACUGGAGAGACGCCUCCACCGCUCCAGUGAAUGUGGAGGGAAAUGCAGAGAUGGCCACAGUGACGAACCUGACGCCCUGGACGGAGUACGAGUUCAGGGUCACGGCCACCAACACACUGGGCACCGGCCCGCCGAGCGACGCCUCGCCCCGCGUCACCACCAGAGAAGCCCGGCCGGUCGUGGCUCCGUCAGACAUCGGUGGAGGAGGCGGAGCCAGUCGUGAGCUCACCAUCACAUGGACGCCGGUCCAGUCGCAGUACUACUACGGCAGUAACUUUGGCUACAUCAUCGCCUUCAAGCCUCAGAACGACCCCGAGUGGCUGCGGGUGACGGUCACCGAUCCACAGGCCCGGAAGUACGUCCACAAAGACCCCAAAAUCCCCCCGUCCAGCAGGUUCGAGGUGAAGAUGAAGGCCUUCAACAGUCAGGGCGAGGGUCCGUUCAGCGUCAGCGCCUUCAUCGACUCGGCGCAGGACGUUCCUGCAGACGCUCCCAUCAUCGCCGAGGCCAGAGCGCUGUCGGCCACACAAGCCGUGGUGUCCUGGGUGCCGGUGCAGAACGUCCAGGGCUACCAGGUCCGGUACUGGAGGGAGGCGCUGGAGAACGAGGCGGCGGUGCGGUGGGUUCCGGUGCAGAGUCGAGAGAACCACACGCGCCUGGACAACAUGACGGCCGACUCGCUUUACCUGAUCGAGGUGCGGGCGUUUAACGGCGCCGGGUACGGACCCGCCAGCCAGAGACACAAGAUCCACACCAAGAAAGCCCCUCCGAGUCAGCCGCCGAAGAUCUUCACCACAAAGAAGCACUACAGCAGCACGACCAUCAACAUCGGCUGGGAGAAGGUGCAGUCGCUGGCCAACGAGUCCAACGUGGCCGGAUAUAAGAUCCUGUACCGGAAGGACGGGCAGACCAGCGGAAUGCUGUACACCACAGAGAAGCAGUCCAUCGACCUGCCGCGGAUGAAGGACGAUUACCUGGUGGAGGUGCGCGCUCACAGCGAGGGCGGAGACGGGGCCGUCGCACACAUGCUUAUCCCAGGUGCAGCGGCUCUGGCGUCUCCGUCUCUCAGCUUCUUCUCCUCGCUGCUCCUCGCGGCUCUGUUGAGUUUGAUUCUCUGAAUGUAGAUUCAUCCUGAUUUGACGAACUCUCACGGAUGAAACACGCUCAUAUUCCCGAGUCCGUCCGGACUGAAGAUUCGGGACAGAACGUGUGUUCAAUGUCAGUUCAAUAUGCCUUACAACAUCUCACUCUCUGAUUGGUCCAGCAGGAUCUGCCACAGGAAGUGCUGCUGCGAGACUUCCUGUGAGGUUCAGCGGUGACGGAUCAGCGUCUGAGCGUCUCAUGUUCGUCUUUAUGUCGUCGUCAGAUCAGUGGCUUUCUCUUAUUUCUGUGACGGAUACAGUCAAAGCAAAGCAACAAUUCUUUCACUUUUACUGGAUUAUUAUAUAUGCAAUAAUUUAUAUAGAUAUUGGUCUAUUCGGUAUCGUACCUGUUUUUAUAUUAGCAUACCUCUAGAUUUUUUUAACUAUAAUUUGUGCUUUGGAACGUCAGCGGCUGAAUGAAGUGGACGUUUGUGUUUGUUUUCAAUCUAAUGAAACAUGAUCAGCUGAUGUAAACGAAUGCGUUUGUGUUUCGAUGAAGCGAGCGUAUGAAUAUAAGCGAGCGUGAUGAACAGAUUCGAUGAUUUAUAAUUGAUUCUUGAGCACAAACGCUUUUGUUUUGACUGUAUCAUUCUGUCGUUCGCAGGUGAUUCGUGAUGAAUGUCAUUUAACUGCGUUUUAUUUUCAGAAUAAUGUUUGUAACAGUCGCUACGCCGCUAACUUUAAUGAACUUUUCAGUCUGUUUAUAUUCAGUGUCGCUGAUUCAAACAAAAACUGAUUCAUUCCAGUUCUGAAAUCAUAUGAUUCCUGUUCACUCCUUUAUAAACGGAUGAUAUGAUUGGCCCUUCAUCUGAUGAUAGACGUAUAUUUUGUGUUAUUGAUCAGGAGAAACGCUCGUACAGGAUCAGAAGUGUCUUGUGUUUAAUGAAGCAGUGAUUUAAAGUCCUGAAGAUGAAGCUUCUCCUGGUGUAAAGAGAGCUCUUCUGCUCCUGAUCUUCAUCUGCGUGAGAGAGAUUUGCCAAACGCAUGGAUGCCUUGAGCUUUAGCGGCCUGCAGUUAUUCAGAGGCCAGAUGCAUGAUGGGAUUGAAUGGACUGGUCUUCAUACUCAUUGGUUCAGUUCAAGCACAGGUCCGGCUCUUUAACUAGACUAACCUGUCCGUGAUUAUUACCUGCUUCAUUCAACUCUUCAAUUAAACUUUAUAGAGACCAAACAAA